AUGGCGCCGGAAGCACAAGCAUCAUGCGCUGUCUGUGGCGAGCCGGCCCUCAACGUAUGCAGCGGCUGCAAAUUGGACACCUCACUUCGCCAGUACUGCGGCAAGGCCUGCCAGACGAAAGAUUGGCCGACUCAUAAGAAGGCUUGCAAGUAUGCCCAGAACGCCAUCCUGGAGAAAAGACUUGAGCGGGUUGCCGAAGUCGUUAAGCAGGCGUACUACAGCUUCCGCAAGAACACUUGGGACAAGCCUAUCGACAACAUCGAAGAUCGUGAAGACGCUCUGGUUAUUCACUAUGGAGCGCAAUUUGAGCAGUCAAAAUACUUUGCGAAGUUUCCCCAGCAUCUCAUGCCUACCAAACAAGUCAAAGAUGCGGUGCUUUGUCUAUUGAUGUGCAACGAACCAUUGGCCUAUAUGUACAGCGUCGUCGUUAAGCUUCUGAAGGACAUACGCCUCGAAAUCGAAGAAGUCCGCCUAAACCUCGGUUCGAUUCCCCGUAAGAUGGUCAUCUACUACCCGUGCGGUGAGCGCGAUCAGAACUGGCCUCGCUACUUCCACGAGGUUAUCCGCAUCACGUCAAUCACAACGAAGAAGCAAUGGAUCAUUGAUAUCACCGGUGCUCAGUAUGGCAUAAAUCGGGCUCUGUGGACAUGGCAAGAAUACCGGUACCUUUUCAAGGCCGAGGUCAAAGCCAUAUAUCCUUUCGGCACCAACAAGGCUGCAUUAAAGGCCGCGAGUAGGAUAGCCGGGAGUCCAUCUAUGAGCUACGGUGCAAUCAGUGUAGUAGCAGACCAUCUCGCUAUCAAUCUUGAUGAAAGGCUGACUAGAACUGGUAAGAGGCUUUCUCAACUGGUCCACCUGAGUCAGAGAGAGUUCGCAUCGGAUAUGCGUCAGCUUCUGGAAUUUAUGAGUGACACUGUCCAUACCUUCGUCCGAGCGAAUGAUUUCCAAGAAGAAUUCGAGGCCAUGAUGAUGCACGAGGAAAUGUAUCCUGGCGUCAGCAUACAGCAGUACAUCAUAGUCACCAAGGCGAUUUAUGCUCAAGCUGCUACUGCCUCAACGGGUUAG